GCCCUUCCACGCCGGAGAGCAGCGAGGCGCCGGGGCAGGAGCCGCGGGAUCGCACCCCUCCACGGCAGACAAGAUGAAGCAGCUCUUCCUCCUCUUCCUCCUCGGGCUCAUCACCAGCUCCUCGCAGAUCGAAGACAACAAGAUCCCUGGGCUGUGCUCAGGGCAGCCAGGCAUCCCGGGGACCCCAGGCCUGCACGGGGGCCAGGGUCUGCCAGGCAGAGACGGACGAGACGGCCGGGAUGGGGCGAUGGGGAUGCCAGGGGAGAAGGGCGAGAUAGGCCCUCCUGGAGCGCCUGGUCCCCGCGGGGAGGUGGGCAGCCCCGGCAUGGACGGCAUGCACGGCGAGAAGGGGGCGCAGGGUGAGUGCGCGGUGGCCCCCCGCUCGGCCUUCAGUGCCAAGCGCUCUGAGUCACGCAGCCCGCCGCUGGCUGACCAGCCCAUCCGCUUCGACGUGGUGCUCAUCAACGAACAGGGCCACUACGACCCCACCACGGGCAAGUUCACCUGUGAGGUGCCCGGCCUCUACUACUUCGCCGUCCACGCCACCGUCUACCGCGCCAGCCUCCAGUUUGACAUCAUGAAGAACGGCCAGUCCAUCGCCUCCUUCUUCCAGUACUACGGGAACUGGCCUAAGCCCACCUCGCUCUCAGGAGGGGCCCUGGUCCGCCUGGAGCCCGAGGACGAGGUGUGGGUGCAGGUGGGCGUGGGGGACUACAUCGGCUUCUACGCCAGCGUCAAGACAGACAGCACCUUCACCGGCUUCCUUGUCUACUCCUACUGGCAAAACUCUGCCGUCUUCGCCUGAGCCUGCACUCAGCCGCAGCCGGGGCCACGGCGCGUGCCCCUUCCCAGCCACUGGUGCCCCAGGGAGGGCAGUGCCAGGGUCUGGCUGCGUGGGAGCGGGGACACCGGGACCCCCGCCUCGCUCCGCUGCUGCCGCCCAGUGCAGGGCAGGAAUACAGACCCUCUGCCACCCUGGGGGUGGCGAGGAGCGUCCCUUCAGCAGUGCUGUAUAAGAGCUAAGUAUUAUCCAGGGCACCCAGCUCUGGGGCAAGAUGCCCGCGCCAGAGAGCCGCAAUAACCUGGUUGUCGUAUGUUACUCGCCAUAGCCGCCUCGGCACGCAGCUUGGCCUCGCUGGCACAGGCACGGCGCCCCGGCCUGUGCUGCCAGCUUCUCCCCACACGCAGAACGAGCCCGGGCUGCCUGGCCGCUGGCACGGCAAGGGGCCCGUCCCGCCGCGGUCCUGGCAUGCCCCAGGGCUAGCAGCUGCCCUUCCCGUCACCCCCGCUCCCUGCCCUCCGGCCGCCCCGGCGCCCUCCUCCUUCACCCUCCAUAAAGGGGUCCUCGACCAUACCCUCAAUAAAG